GGGAAGAAGCAUAUGAUAAGUUGAGUAAUGUAUUUGAGGAUUCAAAGUGGGGUGUGCGCGAAUAUAAAAAUCAUCAACAAACUUGGGUAAUUUUAGUAUCUCAAGAUUCGAAUCAUGUAUAUAGUUCUUUUAUACAACCAAAAAUGGAAAUUUAUUGGAAAUGUAGACAAAUUAAAGAUGAAGCGAAUCAUAUCUCAGAAGCAGGAUACAUGUCUUUAAGCUUU